CUUUUUCCCACCUGUUCGGACGUGUUUUCACAUUUCCAAGUUUCCCGGGAUGAGCUCAUCCACCAGCGGCAGAUAAAUGUGACGUGAUGUCAGCAUGCCAUCGUGACAUCAUCCCCACCUCUGAGGGAAGUGAUGUUUUGCUUGGAGAGGAAAUGAGGAACAUGGAGCUGUUUCUGAAUCUGUCAGAGUCUCCAUUUCUUCUCACCUCGUCUCCUCUAGAGCUGAGCGGGGGGGACACACAGCGAGUGGAUGGCAGCUGGAGUCAACACGGAGACCUGCAGGAAUGUGGACAGUUGGAGAAGAGGUGGGUCCUAUGGCACAAAUUUAUGGAGGAACACGCCCACCUGGAUAUGUGGCUGCAAUUGGCGGAACAGGCUGUCAGUUCCCAUAACUCAGCCCACGUUACCUACAUCACUGCCAAGGAAGAACUGAGGAAGUUUGAGCGGCUUCGGUGCGAGGCAGGAUCUCGGCUCGUGCAGUUGGACGGUCUGACCCAGAGGAAUCGAGCACUGACUCCGCUGUUUCUGGGCGCCAUUCAGGCUAAGCUGUUGGCGUCCGCGAGGGAAUGUGGGCGACGAUGGGAUGACGUGAAUGCCAAACUGGAAUCCAUCACAGUGCGACUGAAGCUCUUUGUCUCAGAGUGGGAGGGGUUUGAGGCAGAGAGGGAGGAGCUCUCUCUCUGGUUGGCCGACCUGGACGUCCGUCUGACUGAGGUGGAUUACCUGACUGGAAACACCUGUGAAAAGCUGAGAUGCCUGCAGUCCUUCCAGCAGUGUGUGUGUGUGAACUCCGGCCGUGUGAACACCCUCCUGCAGCGUGGCGAGGCGUUGAUCCAACACAGCGAGCCGACUGAUGCUCAGCACAUAGAGAGCCGACUGCUGGAGCUGCUGCGCCACUGCAGCCACGUCUACAACAACAUCGCACGGACACACACACGGCUACUCAGCAUGAGACUGGUGUUCGAGGAUGACUGGAUUCUGUCUCAGGCUACAGACUCUGGCUGCCCCUCAGAGACUCUAUUAGAGGAAGAGGGAGCGCUUGAUAGACCUAACCUGGACCUCCCUGCAGCUACCCAUGAGCACCUGGGGUUAGAGUGGGACCCCUCAGUUGAUAUUGGACAUUCAGUCUCCUGUGAUGAUGGCGACUCAUCGUAUUUCAGUGUGAGCACAGGGCUGUGUCAACGAGAUGGCCUGAAGAGGUGGAGCUACCUCAGUUCCCUCAGCUCUCUGUCUGACAUCACCAACCAGGAAGCAGACUUGCGGCUGGCAUGGCUCGACCACACCUACUCAGGAGCGACCCAAAAGGCGGAGCCACAGUUGAAUGGGGACCAGUGGGCGUCCUCGACUCCUGACAGACAGGCUGGUGAGCCACUAAGCUUUGAUGGUGGCCGAGUGAGGGCGUGGCUAGGAGUCCAGAGGUCAGCCCCUCCAGAGCGGAGAACUUCCUGUUCCAAAGCUGUGCAGACUGAUGGCGAGGUGAGGGCUGAAGAAGAGAUGUCCUGUUGUGAAGAAGCCGAGCGUCUCCUCUCCGAACAAAGUGUGACCUCCAGCAACGGGGCCGCCUCCUCCUCCCUGCAUCUCUACCUCCUCCUGGCUACAGCUCUGACCCUGCUGGCCUGUCUGAUCUGGAUCGUCCUGGAAUCACCGUGCCAAUCCAGCAACAGGAUGCCACGUAACUUUCACCUGGCGCUGAGAUACGUCAACGGGCCCCCGCCUACCUGAGGACCGCCCAGAGACUCUCAUGGACAGAGUUUGGACAAAGCACUUUCCUCAGGCUCUACUGGACAGAGGUUCAC